CGUCACAGGCACGUUUGGUAGUCCAAUUGCUGCUCAUGGCGGGUAUUUCUCCAAAACAUUCGUAUGCUAUCCUGUCACUGUGCUAACUGUGGAUAGUAACACUUAAUACUUGAGCGUUAGAGCUAAUUCCCGCCUUCGAGUUUCUCCAACGUCCCGACGGACACGAAGCUGAGCUGAAGAAGGACACUAUAAACCGGGUGGUCCGUCAUGUGGCCGGGCAGAAGGACGGCGUGUGGACGGUGCUAGUUCACCUGGAUGGCUACUGUACAACUCCGGGACGGGCAGCUAACUAUGAUAAACACACCGGAAACGUCGAGAUAGCACCGAAAGUCAACGCUUCAUUCAUUGAACUUCUGUCUUAACGCUCGCAGUAGACAUUUGUCGGCGACGAGAAGCGGAAAUGACUUCCCUCCUAAUAUUGACUGCUUUAUUUUUAGCCGGAGUUGACUGUUCUUCUAAACUCAAUAUCCCUAAAGUGCUGCUGCCUUUGGCCAGAAGUACGAGGAUCAACUUUACACUGGAAACCACUGAGGGCUGCUACAGAUGGUCCUCCAACAGGCCGGAGGUAGCAAGUGUCCAGGCUGUGGAUGAGGAGGCGGGCAGAGGCUGCUCCAGGAGGGCAGUUCUCCAGGCUCUGUCCACCCAGCACUCCAGACUGACCAGCAUUAUACUGGCUGAAGAUGUUGUUACUGGACAGGUACUGCGCUGUGACGCUAUCGUCGACAUCAUCCGUGAAAUCCAAAUUGUGUCGACGACCAGAGAGCUGCAUCUUGAGGACUCGCCGCUGGAGCUCAGGAUUUAUGCACUGGACUCUGAAGGAAACACCUUCAGCACCCUGGCUGGUCUGGUGUUUGACUGGACCUUAGUGAAGGAUGUCGAUGUGAACGGAAUCUCUGACUCGUACAACUCAUUACAGGUACUUAAAUUCUCCGAGUCCACGUACACCCCCCCGGGCUACAUAUCUGAGAUGGAGCGUGUUGGGAAACAGGGAGACAUCAUUCUGGUGUCAGGACUGAAGACUGGACACGCAAAGUUAAAGGCCAAAAUACAAGAGUCCUUAUAUAAGGAUGUGGGCGCUGCCGAGGUGAGGCUGCUGAUCUUGGAGAACAUCCUGCUGAGUCCUGCACAUGACGUCUACUUGUUGGCCGGAACAUCCAUUCGAUACAAAGUCCUGAAGAUAAAACAGGGAAAGAUCACAGAGCUGGCCAUGCCGUGUGAUCAGUACGAGCUGCACCUGCAGAACAGUGUGGUCGGCCCGAACGGAAACCCAGAUGUGGCUGUGGCCAGUCUGGACCAGAGCAUCUCCACAGUAACAGCAGCCCAGCUGGGACACAUCAACGUGGUGCUGGACCACAAGAGCCUUCGAAUGCAGGGAGUUUCCCGUCUACCCAACAGCACCCUGUACGUGGUCGAACCAGGAUACUUAGGUUUUAAAAUCCGUCCUGGAGACAGUUGGGUCCUGGAAACAGGCAGAGUCUACGAGAUCUCCAUCGAAGUCUUUGACAAAUCUGGCAACAAAAUCUACCUCUCGGAUAACAUCCGUAUCGACGCUGGUUUUCCCCCUGAGUUCUUUGAACCCCUGCACUCUUCUCUGAAUGGAUCGUACCAUCGCGUGAGGGCGAUCAAAGACGGCCUCACCCUCAUCGAUGCUACUCUGAACCAUGUGGUCGACAAAAGUGGGAACGUUCACCAACUCACCAACGCAGUCCGCAACGAACAGGAUGUGGAAAUCUAUAAUCCCAUCGUUCUCAGUCCCAGCAUCCUGAGGUUUCCAUGGCAGCCCAAGAUCGGAGCCUAUCAGUACAUGAUAAAGGCGACGGGGGGCAGCGGGAAUUUCAGUUGGUCUUCCUCCAACACAGCUGUUGCCACGGUGACGGUGAAAGGAGCCAUGUCAACAGUCAGUGACAUCGGCGUCAGCGUGAUUUAUGCCCACGAUCUACGCAACCCGUUACACUUCGGCCAAAUGAAGGUGUUUGUGGUGGAGCCUGAGUCCAUGGACUUUGCUCCCUGCAGAGUGGAGGUGACCGUGGGUCUGGUGCUGGACCUGCCGCUCAGGUUCUUCGGUCGGCUGGAGGAGCCAGGACACGACAGGGUCAUGUUGACCGACUGUUCCCACUAUGACCUGCAGGUGGAGGAGGAAACGCCCGGUGUCUUCCAGCUGUUGGAUGGUCGCCUGGCUCCAGGACAGCACCACUGCAGUGGGAUCAGGGCCAAAGCUCUGGCUCCAGGUUUCACCGUGCUCUCAGUCAGUUACAGUCACGGCGACGUUCACCUCAGCGCCAAGAUCACCAUCGCUGCAUAUCUGCCUCUGAAAGCGGUUGACCCCGUGUCUGUAGCGGUGGUCUCUCUGGGCUCCUCCAAAGACAUGUUGUUUGAGGGCGGCCCGCGCCCCUGGGUGUUGGAACCCUCAAAGUUCUUCUGUGACAUGGCUGCUGAAGAUAAGGCCGGCGUCAGCCUGGCUCUGACCAAUCCCUCGUCUCACAAGUACGACCAGCACUGGCUCAGAGCCACCUGCAGGUCCCUGGGGGAACAGGUGCUGGAGGUCCGGGUGGGAAACAAACCCAGUGUCACCAACCCUUACCCUGCCGUGGAGCUGACGAAGAUCCAGUUUGUCUGUGCUCCUCCGUCCCGUCUCACCCUGGUACCGGUCUACACCGUCCAGCAGCUGGACCUGACCUGUCCACUGCUGCAGCAGAACAAACAGGUGGUCCCGGUGUCAAACUACCACAACCCAGUUUUGGACUUGGCUGCUUUUGACCAACAAGGGAGGAAGUUUGACAACUUCAGCUCUCUGAGUAUGCUCUGGGAGUCCACCAAGGUGCCACUGGCCAGUAUUGAGCCUCACAUGCCCAUGGAGCUUCAGAUGGUCAAGGAUGGGAACGAUCAGAUGAAACAACACGGACGUCAGAUGGUUCUGGUCCAUCACCAGACGGGCCUGGCUGCCGUCACAGUCUCAGCUGUGGGUUACAAAGUCUCACACCUUGCAGCAGCUAGAGUUUCCACUCCAUACGAGCCCCUGACCCCCGUCUCCGCCUCUCUGGACCUCCUGCUGGUUGAAUACGUCAAAGUCUUCCCCCAAGAACUGACCAUAUACAACCACCCAGAUGUGCUGGUGAAUCUGGCGCUGAGAGAAGGUUCCGGACAUUUCUUCGUCAACACCAGCGUUAAAGGGAUUGUGGACGUGGUCUUCCAGGAGGCCCAGGGAGCCGUUCAGGUGUCGCCCGUUCUCCCAGGGUUGGUGAAGGUCGUAGUUCACGACCUCUGUCUGGCUUUCCCAGCACCAGCCAGAGCCACCGUGCGUGUCUCCGACAUCCUGGAGGUUUAUGUGCGGGUGGUGGACAAGGUGGAGAUCGGCAAAUCAGUCAGAGCUUAUGUCAGAGUCCUGGAUGAUAACAGGAAGCCCUUCCCCACCGCCUACUUCAGAUUCAUGAACCUGAAGCUGAAGGCGGCCUCUGCGAUCGUCACUUUACUCCCGUUGUCAGAGUCGGCCGAGAACGACACAGUGGUGUUCCUGGUCAAAGGAGUUCUGAUUGGUCAGACCUCUUUGUCUGCUGUCGUUUUAGACAGAAACGGAAGAAAAAUCUCAUCUUCACCUCAGCCCAUCGAGGUGUUUCCACCGUUCAAACUUAUCCCCAGGAAAAUGACACUUUUAAUUGGAGCAAUGAUGCAGGUGACAUCUGAAGGUGGACCUCAGCCCCAGUCCAACAUCCUCUUCUCCAUUUCUGAUGAAAACAUAGCCUCCCUCAGUGGCAUGGGCCUCGUCAGCGGGGCGGCCGUCGGCAAUGUCACCGUGACUGGACUGGUCCAAGCUGUGGACGCAGAAACUGGGAAGCUGGUCGUCGUUUCUGAGGAUCAGGUGGAAGUGGAGGUCGUUUGUUUGGCGGGUAUUCGAAUCAGAGCGCCAAUCACAAGGAUGAAGACGGGAACACAGAUGCCUGUGUUUGUGAUGGGCCUGACCAACAGUCAGACACCCUUCUCCUUUGGCAACGCUGUACCUCCACUGAUGUUCCACUGGUCCACCACCAAGAGAGACAUCCUGGACGUCCAGUCAAGACACCUGGAGGCCAACGUGGAGCUCCAGUCAGAACACAACUUUGGGAUGACGGUGACGGCCAAGACCCGAGGGAGAACGGGGCUGAAGGUGGUGCUGAGAGUCUCACAGCCUGGAGCUGGGCAGCUGGAGGGGAACCUGGUGGAGUUCAGAGAUGAGAUCCAGAUCCAGGUCUAUGACAAGCUGCUGAUGUUGAACCCUGAUGUGGAGGCUGGAGAGUUACUGAUGGCUCCAAACUCACUGCUCAAACUCCAGACCAACAGGGAUGGUGUGGGGGCGCUCUCCUAUCAAAUGCUGGACUGCCCCCACCAGGUUGUCACGGCUCAGGUGGACACCAAGGGCUUCCUGACGUCGGGGUCUCUGACCGGCACCUCCACGCUGCUCGUCACCUCCCAGGAGACCUUCGGUGUCAAUCAAACCCUCAUCCUUGCCGUGAAGGUGGUGCCCGUGUCCUACCUUCGCUUCAGCACCAGUCCAGUGAUCCACACGUCCACCAGAGAACGUCUGAAGUCUUUCCCCCUCGGCACCGUUCUCACCUUCGUCGUCCACUUCCACGCCAGCACCGGAGAGGCCCUGCACAGCUCCAGCUCUCACCUCGUCUUCUCCACAAACAGAGACGACCUGGUCCAAGUCGGGGCCGGGCCCAGUAACCACACCCUGGUGGUGCGGACAGUCAACGUGGGCCUGACCCUCCUUGCGGUGUGGGACAGUGAAAACGUGGGCGUGGCCGACUACGUUCCGCUCUCCGUGGAACACGCCAUUUAUCCCGAUGAAGCCCAGAGACUGGUGGUGGGAGACGUCAUUUGUUUCGCGGCCCAUUUGAGCAGCCCAGAUGGUGUUCCUGGGACCUGGAGUUCUUCUGCCAACGCUGUUCUUCACGUGGAUCCUCGCAGUGGUGCAGCUGUGGCCAGAGACGUGGGCAGCGUCACGGUUUACUACGAAAUACCUGGAGUCCUCAGGACCUACAGAGAGGUGAUAGUGGACGCAGCUACGAAAACAACAGCCACGGCCCAACCAGCACCGGUCAGGAACGGCAGAGAGACCAAGGUUCUCCUCAGCACCGGAGAACGUGGAACCAACCUCAUCGGAACCUGUUCUUCUGCUCAGACUGAAGCCAUUCCACAGCUGCAGCCAGAAACCUCCGUCAGCUGCCUCCUCAGUUUCACCAGUGACGCCGUUGACUUUGCCGUCAGUGAUGUCUUGAAAAGUCACGUCAGCUUUGACACCAGCAUCGGCCUCUACACCUGCUCCAUGACCUUGCAGCCGAUGUCCGAUCAGCAGAUCCGUGUCCUCAGCGUGUCCAUGACCAACCUGCUGGUGAGGGCGGGCCUGGAGGGCACCACGUUCUCUGGGGAACACGUCGGUGCCAGGCUGCCCAUCGAGCCCGGACUGUACUCAGACCAGACGGAGGUGCUGCUCUCGAACCUCCACCCUGCAGCUGAAUUCACCGUCUACGGUCCCGCAGCCACGCUCUCCACCCUGGAGGUGGUGUGUACUUGGACCAACUUUGCCGUUCAGAGGGAGGAGACGCACAGUGGUUUCUCCAGGUUCACGGUCAGCGCUGUGGACCCCAGGGUCGCUGGUUCUGCUUCCAUCUCCGUCAGCAGCGCCUCCUCUGGCCAGAGUCUGCUCAUCCCGGUCACUUUGAUUCAUGUGUCCGACGCAGCAUCUGCAACACGAGCUGCUGCUCCAGUUGUUAGCCUGGAUGGUGAACAUUCCCUGCACAGCUUCAUCAACAGCUACCAGAUGAUGUUCUUCACCCUGUUCGCUCUGCUGGCUGGUACAGCCAUCAUCAUCAUCGUCCUUCACUCCGUCUUUACACCAAAAGAACAGACUUAUCAUCCUGCUUUUAUCCAGAGGACGCCACCUCCUGUCUCAGCGUUCAGUUCUCCAGCAGUGAACUCCUUCAACCACAUGAUGCACAGGACUGACACCAACAGCAGCCCCCGGUCACGUCUCUACUCUCCAGACUACAAGACCUGAUGAAGACGUCCCCCCCCCCUUCUCCGUCAAGAGCUGAACACCGCAGGCCGUUAAUGCAUACUGAAUGUGUCUGUGUGGAUCCAAAUGAGUGUGAGAGACAAAUGUGAUGCGUCAUCGUCUUCAUGUUUGAUGAUUUAUCAAAAAAAAACCUUUGUUUUCAGACAUGGAGACCAGCGGUGGAGGCCGAGACUAUAAUUAUUUUGUGUGUUGUGUUUUGCAUUUGACUUUUUUUUAUAUAAAACCACUUUGUUAUGACUGAUGUUUUUAAUGAAAGUUUAAAAAUCAGCAGUUUGUGCCUCAUAGAUGAAUUAGUUAGUCUGCUUGUUUUGUUGCUGUGUAAUUCAUCACGUUAACUCAGGAAGUUCCAGCGCCUGGUGUGGAAAAACAGAUUUGUUUUGUCCUUUCCUCGGAGCAGGAAGUGUCCACUGACCAUGUGACGUAUUCAUUUUGUGAACUAGUUGUUAACUGAACCUCUGACAUCCUCAUCACUGAUCAACCCUUCAAAUGUGCUUCGUUCUCACCUCAAAAAGUUCCUGUGUUCCUGUCCAGGGCAUUAGUGAAAGGAACCAGAACUCCCUUUUUUUUUCUUUUUUUUUUGAGCCAAAAUUGUUGCAGCUGCCGUCCAUGUCAUUGAUGUGAAACACUUUAGAAAUGUGAAGCAUCCUUUAUUUUUUUAAUGCCAGUUUGUUUUUGGUUUGUGAAGUCACUCGGUGUCUGAGCUGAACUCUGACCUUCUCUGUGUUCUGACUGAGUUCAGGAAAGAAACGACCGUGGUUCUGUACAGGUUCUGUGACAUCAGAGUGCGACUGGGUUUGAAACGAGGAGUUUGUAUAUCUGAAGAAAUAUUGUCACCAGUAGAUGGUGUUUGAGUUUGUAGCCGAUCGACUGAACGGAGAAUCAGAAUGAAGAGAAAAAGAAAACGUUUUGUUGUGUUAAUCACCUUGUCAGUCAUAUCUGAAAGCUUUAACCACACGAUACAGAUGAAUAUGUAUAUAAUGAACCGCUGCCUUUGCUAAUUAAAGUUUUCGCUCUCAUGUUAA